GGCGUGAAUGGAAGGAAGGAGAAGUGCGGUUAGGACUCUGGCAGUCAUGUGUGUUGUGUUAAAACUCCCCAAAAUAUAUGAGGUCCAUUUUCCAGACACAGAGAGGGCAGAAUGGCUCAACAAGACUGUAAAACAGAUGUGGCCUUUUAUUUGCCAAUUUAUCGAGAAACUCUUCCGGGAGACCAUAGAACCAGCAGUAAGAGGAGCAAACAACCACCUCAGUACCUUCAGUUUUACAAAGAUUGAUAUUGGUCAUCAGCCUCUGCGGAUAAAUGGUGUAAAAGUGUACACUGAAAAUGUGGACAAAAGGCAGAUCAUUUUGGAUCUUCAAAUCAGUUUUGUUGGAAACUGUGAAAUUGAUUUGGAGAUCAAGAGAUACUUCUGCAGAGCUGGUGUGAAAAGUAUACAGAUCCAUGGCACUAUGAGAGUUAUCCUGGAACCACUAAUUGGCGACAUGCCCCUAAUUGGAGCACUAUCUCUUUUUUUUCUUAGAAAACCUCUUUUGGAAAUUAACUGGACUGGACUGACCAAUCUUCUGGAUGUUCCAGGACUGAAUGGCUUAUCAGAUACAAUAAUAUUGGACAUAAUAUCCAACUACCUGGUCCUUCCAAACAGAAUUACAGUCCCCCUUGUCAGUGAAGUGCAGAUUGCUCAGUUGCGGUUUCCUAUACCAAAGGGUGUUCUAAGGAUACACUUUAUUGAAGCUCAGGACCUGGAGGGGAAAGAUACUUACCUAAAGGGGAUUGUCAAAGGCAAGUCAGAUCCUUACGGAAUCAUCCGUGUGGGCAACCAGAUUUUCCAAAGCAAGGUCAUCAAAGAAAAUCUCAAUCCAAAAUGGAAUGAAGUUUAUGAGGCCUUAGUAUAUGAACAUCCAGGACAGGAGCUAGAGAUUGAGCUUUUUGAUGAAGAUCCAGAUAAAGAUGACUUCCUGGGAAGUUUGAUGAUAGAUUUAAUUGAAGUUGAAAAGGAGCGUCUUCUAGAUGAGUGGUUUACUUUGGAUGAAGUGUCCAAAGGAAAAUUGCAUUUAAAACUGGAAUGGCUCACAUUGAUGCCAACUGCUGAAAAUCUAGACAAGGUGCUAACAAGCAUUAGAGCUGAUAAAGACCAAGCCAAUGAUGGGCUUUCUUCUGCAUUGCUUAUUCUCUAUUUGGACUCAGCAAGAAACCUGCCCCAUAAUCCAUUAGAAUUUAACCCUGAUGGCUUGAAGAAGGCUGCUGUUCAGAAAGCCCUAAAGUCAGGAAAGAAAAUAAACAGCAACCCCAACCCACUUGUUUUGCUGUCAGUUGGACACAAGGCACAGGAAAGUAAGAUUCGAUACAAGACCAAUGAACCAGUAUGGGAGGAAAACUUUACUUUCUUUGUACACAAUCCCAAAAGACAAGAUCUUGAAGUUGAGGUGAGGGAUGAACAGCACCAGUGUUCCUUGGGGAACUUCAAACUGCCUCUAAGCCAGUUGCUGGAGAGUGAAGAUUUAACUAUGCAUCAGCGGUUCCACCUGAGCAACUCUGGUCCAAACAGCACUAUAAACAUGAAGAUUGCACUCAGGGUCCUUUCUCUUGAAAAGCAAGCAAGAUCUCCAGAUCAUCAACACUCAGCCCAAGUGAAAAGGCCAUCUCUUUCCAAAGAUGCAAGAAAAUCAUCUGUUAAGCCUCAGGUUCCUGUCUCACCACCACCUGAUUCAAACAAACCUGUUCCAGCUUCCCCAGUGACAGACGGUGAUAAAAAGACUGAUACUGAGAAAAGUCAGGCUCCCAAUGCCAGCCCUCAGUGGCCAACAGAUCUAAGCCGAAGUUCCUCCAGUCUUCAUGCCUCUAACUUCUCUUAUUCUCCCAGUCACCUCUCGGUCAAAGAACCCACUCCUAGCAUAGCCUCAGACAUAUCUCUGCCUAUUGCCACGCAGGAGCUACGGCAAAGACUACGACAGCUUGAAAAUGGAACAACUCUGGGGCAGUCUCCAUUAGGGCAGAUUCAGCUAACAAUUCGUCAUAGUUCACAAAGAAUCAAACUGAUUGUGGUCGUGCAUUCCUACAGAAAUCUAAUAGCGUUUUCAGAAGAAGGAUCUGAUCCAUAUGUGCGAAUGUAUUUAUUGCCUGAUAAGAGACGAUCAGGAAGAAGAAAAACUCAUGUAUCAAAGAAGACAUUAAACCCAGUGUUUGAUCAAAUAUUUGAUUUCAGUGUUUCCCUGCCUGAAGUACAGAGAAGAACACUAGAUGUAGCAGUGAAGAACAGUGGUGGUUUCUUGUCCAAAGAUAAAGGGCUGCUUGGCAAAUUAUUAAUACCUCUGGCAUCUGAAGAACUUGCUAAAGGCUGGACCCAGUGGUAUGAUUUAACAGAAGAUGGUACAAGGCCACAUGGUGCAAGUUAGGCCCAUGGAUACUGGGAAUUCCCCACACAUGCUUUUGCCAACCUUUAUAUAUUUUUAAAGCAUUGUUCUCACAGAUGUACCAAUAUUAUUUUUAUAGCUUUACUGAUUUAGUUCUUAGACACAUCCCCAAUAAUUUUAUAACACUUGGUCAUUUUAUGUAGACAUAGCCUUUCUCAUUGUUAGACUUUGUAUUUUAAUUUGCUAAACAGUUUUAUGUUACUGUAAUGUGCAAUAGUACAGUAAAGUAACCUUUUGUGUUUAAAUUGAUCUUUAUGAUGGCUGUACCUAUUAGAAAGUGAAAAGAUUAUGUUCUGCUGUUUUUCCUGCCUUGUUUUCUAUCUCACCAAGGUAUACCGUACCAUGUAAAUAUAUACUAUUUUUUUAUAAUUCUUUCAUGCUGGUCUGAAUUCAGAAGAAAAAUAGAUAAAGGAUAUAGAUAUUUUCUUUUAAAUGCAUGUUAAUUUCUUCAGAUGAAUCUCUUUUGUCUUUGCAGCACAAUGGUCUUAAUCAUUUUGUGAUAUUCUUCAAAAACAAACUGCAGAAAAACAUUUUUACUUUAUUGUGUUUCUGGCCCAGUGUGGCUAGUUUAAAAUGUACAAAACAUUAACAUUUUAAUAUUUAUAUAUGAAUGUAUCAUUGGGAAAUCAUGCUAUAGAAUAUUAUAAACAAAAAUGAAAAUUCUAUAAAUACUGUAUAAAUAGAGGAUGAGGUCCAUGAAUCACAGUUUCUAAAUCUGAGUUUUCAUUUAAUGGAGCAAACAUGACAAACAGUACCGGUUUAUUAUACAGGUUCACUUGGAUUUUGUUAUUUAUUUCUGUACUCUGUAGUACUAGACAUGUGACCUUUUGAAGGUAGGAGGACAUGGAUUUUUUCUGUAUUAUAAACAAAAAAUCUCUAACCGCUUAGGACUGUCCUUACUGCCUUGUUUCACUGAUUUCAAAGGUAUACAAAUCAGCUUGCAAAGUGAGUUCAUAGAGUAGGCAUACAUACAAGACAUACGUUGUUUUUAUCAUACAAUACUGUGCUAAAUAGUAUAUUAUGCUAUACCUUCUGUAAUACUAAAAUGGAAAACCAAUAGGUAAGAAAGUAUGAAACUAAGUUGAAACUGGCUGUCUUUACAGUUGCUUCAUUGCUAGUUGGUGUGUUUGGUGCAUGAAGAUGCACGUCAGUGGUCCACACAGGUUUCCUGAGAAAUAAUGUCAUUCUGCUGAAGCAUUGCCAUCGUCUGCUGCAAGACUAUGGCAGUGAUACAGUUAGCACAAACCCAGAAAAGUAGACAGUUGAGACUUGAAGGAAGAGUAUCAGCCUAAACAGCUGAGCUCAUAACUCUAAUUUUAUGAAAUAUGGAGAAUCUUUUUUGUAUUCAGAACUGAUUUUUCUUUUUCUGAUAAGUUUUCUCAGACUGUUAUAAAAAUGUGCAUUAAGAAUCCAAGAGAACAGUUCAGCUCUUUGAGAGCCAACGCCCUCAUUCUUGGAUAAGUAUGCAAUUAGACAGACAAAGUAUAUUAUUUAGCUAGGAUUCUAGAAUGAUCUCUCAGCCAAGAAAGAAUUUUAAAGAGUAUUUAAAAACCAAUAAACUCCUGAAAUUAGCUUUAUUGUAAGAUUACUGACAGAACCUUAAUUCUAGAUGUAGAAUAUGCCUACAUUACUAGAUGUACCAAAGUGCCUACCAUAGAUGUAGCUUUUUGUCUUUUUCAAGUUUAAGAUUUGACUCAUUUCAGUUUGUCUAAAUUCAGUUUAACAUGAACAUUUGUCACGGAUGUGUGUGACACGCACACGUACACUUCUAUACAGUGACGGCCUUCUUAUUGCCACAUUUUAUACAAGACAAUUUUAGCAAACAGACUUACAUUGUAAAUUUUGCUGCUGUUGCUUUCCAGUGGGCUGGGCAAUAGAGAGAGGUUCUUUGUAAGAAAACCAUUUGAAGGCUUCACUCUAUAUUGGAAUGUAUGAGUAUAUAUCUAUCUAUCUAUAUAUAUAUACACACUCAGCUGUUCAUAUAAAAUGUAUUAUAUUAUGAAAAAUGUAUUUU